GAUAUGGGGUUUGGUAUGAGAUUAUGAGGGCGUUGGGGAUCGACAGUCUUGAACUCCAACCCACCUACCCUCUUCCUCCUCCAUUUCUGGUCUCAAUCUCCACUUCUCUACCUCCACAAAAUCUUGUUAAAUCAACCGUACCUACUGCGUCUUCUUGGUGUAAAAACACACACACAAUUAAGGAAAAUGGCGACUAGCAUUAGCAAGGUUGCCCAGAAUCUCCAAACUGCCAAUUUCACUUCCAAUCUUUCCAAAUCCCAAAACCCCUCUUCAAAACCAUUAUCUUUCUUAUCCUUUGGAUCGAAAUACAAAACCUCAGUUACUCAAAUCUCUGUUUCUUCUAAUAAAAACUUUGGGAGAAAAUCCUUCACCGUUUCUGCUUCCGUUGCCACCACGGAGAAGCCAUCGACGGUACCCGAGAUUGUGUUGCAACCCAUCAAAGAGAUUUCCGGCACCGUUAAUUUGCCCGGCUCCAAGUCUCUGUCUAAUCGGAUUCUUCUCCUCGCUGCGCUCUCUGAGGGAACGACCAUUGUUGACAACUUGCUCAACAGUGAUGACGUGCAUUACAUGCUCGGAGCUUUAAGAACAUUAGGGCUACGUGUUGAAGAAGAUGGUGCAAUUAAAAGGGCAAUUGUGGAGGGUUGCGGUGGUCUGUUUCCAGUGGGUAAAGAAGCUAAAGAUGAAAUCCAGCUUUUCCUUGGAAACGCAGGAACAGCCAUGCGGCCAUUGACAGCUGCAGUCACUGCUGCAGGUGGAAAUUCAAGCUAUAUACUAGAUGGGGUUCCUCGAAUGAGAGAGAGACCAAUAGGUGAUUUGGUGACAGGCCUAAAGCAACUGGGUGCAGAUGUUGAUUGUACUCUUGGGACAAAUUGCCCUCCUGUUCGUGUAGUUGGAGGUGGAGGUCUCCCUGGUGGAAAGGUUAAGUUGUCGGGAUCUAUAAGUAGUCAAUACCUUACUGCUUUACUUAUGGCAUCUCCACUUGCACUUGGAGAUGUAGAGAUUGAAAUUAUUGAUAAAUUAAUUUCAAUUCCAUAUGUUGAGAUGACACUGAAAUUGAUGGAACGCUUUGGUGUCUCUGUUGAACACACGGAUAGUUGGGAUAGGUUCUUUGUUCGAGGUGGUCAAAAGUACAAGUCGCCUGGAAAUGCUUAUGUGGAAGGUGAUGCAUCGAGUGCGAGUUACUUUUUAGCUGGUGCAGCCAUAACUGGCGGCACCAUUACAGUUGAAGGCUGUGGAACAAGUAGUUUGCAGGGCGAUGUUAAAUUUGCGGAAGUUCUUGGACAAAUGGGAGCCGAAGUGACAUGGACCGAAAAUUCAGUCACAGUGAAGGGCCCACCGAGGAAUUCUUCCGGAAGGAAACAUUUGCAGGCCGUAGAUGUAAACAUGAACAAAAUGCCGGAUGUUGCCAUGACUCUUGCUGUGGUCGCCCUCUAUGCUGAUGGCCCCACCACCAUUAGAGACGUUGCUAGCUGGAGAGUUAAAGAAACCGAAAGAAUGAUUGCUAUUUGCACGGAACUUAGAAAGUUGGGAGCAACGGUUGAAGAAGGGGCAGACUACUGUGUGAUAACUCCGCCGGAAAAGUUGAAUGUGGCGGCGAUAGACACUUAUGAUGAUCACCGGAUGGCCAUGGCCUUCUCUCUUGCCGCCUGUGCGGAUGUUCCGGUGACCAUUAAGGAUCCUGGUUGCACUCGGAAGACGUUUCCUGAUUACUUUGAAGUUCUUCAAAGAUUCGCCAAGCAUUGAUGCGGUUUUCUAUGGGUUGUGGUUGUUUGAUAUUUUUGAAACUAAGUUUUGUUUUGUUUGUAAGGUGUAAAAUAUGUGAUUUUUUGGACAAUGAUUUUGGUUAUUAUGAGAUUUGAGUGUACGAAUGAACAUGAACAUGAUUUUCUGUAAUGAACAAAAUGAUAGAGGUCUCGUUUGUUUA